GUCCGCCUAAGGGCGGGGAGCCCGCGCCAGCUCCCGGUGCUGCCAUGCUGCCGGCGCUCCGCUAGGCGAGCCCGGCUCCAGCAGCGGCUCGGGACCUGACGGGCGGGGAUCGCUGCGCCUCACCCCGGGCGGCGGCACCAUGAGGAACGGCGAGGACCUGGAAGGCUUCGAUGGCGAAGCGUCCAGCACCUCCAUGAUCUCCGGGGCCAGCAGCCCCUACCAGCCCACCACCGAGCCCGUCAGCCAGCGCCACGGGCUGGGCGGCCUCCGCUGCGACCUGGACUAUCUGCGGGGCGCUCUCGGCAAGAUCAAGAUCACCGAAGUGGUUUUGGCACUGAUUGCAUUCAUCUGCAUAGAGACCAUCAUGGAAUGCUCCCCUUGCGAAGGCCUGUAUUUCUUUGAGUUUGUGAGCUGUAGUGCAUUUGUAGUUACUGGAGCUUUAUUGCUUAUGUUCAGUCUAAAUCUUCACACAAGAAUACCACAGAUCAACUGGAAUCUUACAGAUCUUGUCAACACUGGACUCAGCACUUUCUUCUUUUUCAUUGCAUCUGUAGUACUUGCUGCUUUGAACCAUAAAACUGGAGCAGAAGUUGCUGCUGUGAUAUUUGGUUUCUUGGCGAUGAUAGUGUAUGCUGUGAAUAUGUAUUUAGCUGUUAAAAAAUGGCGAAUGAACAGCAGACAGCAGAACAGCCGGCAGACAAGUGAUUACAUUCGUGCUCGGACAGAAUCAAGAGAAGUAGAUCACCACCCUGAGAUUCAGCGUCUGGAUGCGUGAAAACUACAGCUGAGUGGGACUGCAAAGAGGGGAUAGAAAACAGCAACUUUUUAUUUUGCUUCAUCCAGUGAAGUUUAUAUAGUUCGAAGUUUUCAUUUUUUAGGAAGAGUCUUGGCAGAGAUAAGCUGACCAUUUAUAUGUACAGAGAGAGAAGUUGAUCUACAUUUAUUCAGAAGUUAUUGGCUUGGAGGCUAUAAUUAUUGGCCAUUCAAAAGCACGAUCUAUAUACAAUGAUUACAUAUAUAUCUGAUGUAUGUUAAUAUUUUAGAUUAAACACCUGUAUAGUACUUCUUUCCAGGUACCAGCUCUAGAGAGACUUGCGCACUCUGCCACUAUUUCAUCACCCAGUAGGAAUGUUAUGAUCAACACUAUAUUGUUCUGUUAAAAGAAAGAAAUAUUCCAAAACUUAAGUACAUUUUAUUGCAUAUGAAAAGAAAGUGAGGGACAAAUAGCAAUAACAUAAGCCAGCUUUAGCGUACACCAACACUUUAUACUCUUCCUCAUGCAGCUUUGCCAAUGCAAUUCACUUCUCACCUGCAAGACCUACCACACAGUUCCAUCCUUGGUACAUCUUGUAGCUGACACAGGCAAUCACAUCAGAUAUUUGGGCUGGUGGAUUGGUGAUAUGGACAGACAAACUAUAGACUACUAAAACCACCAAACUCAUUUCUUGUAUGACCUCAACCAGAUUUUGAAUUGGCGCUCCUACAUGUGAAAGACUAGCACUUUCACCGGCUACACAGUCAAAACAACCCAUCCAACACUAGUAUGUAGGUGUCUGCUCGUGUUUUAAUAUGUAUUACAUGAUUUUCAUUCAUGAAAUACUUUUGGGGGGUUGUCAAGUAAUAGACUCUACACCCCAAUCAAGGUUCAUUUUUUAUUUCGAGGUUCAGUCAUCUGGGAAUUUUAAGGAAAUCAGGAGCCACCAAAAAUGCAUGAUGUAUAUAUUGUAGGAUAUUCCAAGACUAUGGCGUGUUUUGUGUAGGAUAAAUACAUUUUAUGGCAUAUUCUGGUUUUAGAUUGGUUGUUCUGUUAAAUUAAAAUUGGUUGGUAGUAGGUAAAAUAAUUUGGUUUAAUGCCUAAAUUGGACAUAGCUAUAAAACAUUUUUAUAAUGUUCCUUUGAAGCUAAUUUUAGGUAACGAGGACUUAUGGGUGGUUGAACCUAUUGUUUUUCUCUGUUUGCUUCUCAUGUUUACAGACCAUUUUCCUAGCUCAAAUUUUCUCACUUCCAUUGAACUUUCAGUGAAGAGAAGACUAUAUUCUCUGGUUAUUGAAUUCUGCAAUAAUAUGUCUAGAACCUUAAUCAUAAUUUUAUUAGGGAGACUUCACUAAUAUCGUGUGUGUCCCAUGUAAUAAUGGGUUGGCAUAUGGAUAAGUGGUUACAACAGCUUUCUCAUUUAUUGUAGAUGGGAACACAACACCAUGCCACCCCCAGUGGAGUCAAAUAUAAACGUGAUGUACUUGAGUAAGAUCUUCAUGGAAGUCAGUGAAGUUGUAUACACUCACACCAGAUGUGAGUUUGUUCCACAGACUUUUAGCAUCGCAUUCAUGUGUAACUGUUCCCAGUAUGGGUUGAUGUUUACAUCAGUACAUAGUUGGAAUCAUAAGUAUAAGACACUGUCAAGUCAAUUUUAAGUGCAAAAUGUAGAUUUUUUUUUCCAAACAGAGUUUUACCAACCCUAAAGUUAAUAGAAAUGUUUACAUGAAACUUUUUUUUUUCUUGGUAAUUCCAAAAGAAACAGGGAAGGCUCUAGAUUUGAACAUUCUGCGCUGUUCACUUCUCAGGUGAUGCAAGCCUUGUGCUGAUGCACGAAAACCAGAAAGUGAGACUGUUUCUCUCGUCUUUCUCCAACUUGUUUGCUAUUUGCAAUCAUUCCACAUAAACUAGAUAUUUUAAAAAUUCUGUUUUAAUAAUUAAAUUAAAGGAAACUAAUUGUUUAUUUUUAACCGAUAGAGGCCUGUUUAUCAUAUUAUCAUAUUUAAUGUUAUAUUUUACAUUUCACUGAAAGUUGUAACUGAAGGGAGUGCUGAGUUUAGAGUCUAAUAGUUGAAGUUCUAAUGAUCCUCUAGAGUGGUUAAGAACAUAGCCAUUUUAUUAAUUAAUUCCAGUGAAAGCUAGCUUUAAUGGGGUGUCACAUGAAAACUGGCCCAUAAUUCAGUAUGGUUAGCAGUGCUGAAUGGAGGUCUGCACUGUGCCCAUUGGAUAAGUUGUUUUUUCAGCAUGCUGUGCCAAGCAUUGGAGGGAUGAUAUAAUUGGGGUAGUUCGUAGUUGUUGCAGUUUAAAAAAAAGAAUAUCCAUAAAUUAAAAACUAAACACAGUGAUCUUUAGGGUAGACUUGCAGCUUAGUUUAAAGGAAUAUACUGAAAUCUUAUUGAAACCCUCUGAAAAGGGAUUCAGAGGAUGCCUAUAUUAAUAUUUCAUGGGUGAGGUCUUCCGCUGAAGUCAAGUAAUAGAGAAAUCCAGUGUAUGGUAUAAAAAUGAAGACUUUUCAACAUCGCAAAAGUGUAUCCUGUUAGCUGAUCAGUAGAAGGAAUGAAAUGGUAUAUUAUACAAUCCCCUUAUGCUUUUCUAGUUAAUUUCUGACCCUAAGCAAUGUUCUGGUUACUUAGAGAUCUAGACAGAGAUCCAUUUACAAUUUUAUGUACUUUCUUGGUAUCUUUUAACAUUAUGUGCAUUUUACUGCAUGGGAAAGGGAGAAAACUGCAUAGUGCGUUGUCAGAGUUAGAUCACAGAAGGUUUUUGUUAAAGUGCGUGCUUGGUCUGGCUAGUUAAUGUGAAUUACUUUUUUUACAGUAAUCUGAUACAGUGGUCUCUAGUAUAUUGUACAAUCAUAUAGCAAAUGUACGAUAUGAUUACACAUGAGAUACAAUGGCUUUGAUGUUCUGAGUACAAAAUAUAAUUAUUUAUUAUUUACACCAUGAUUACGUGGUCAGCAUAAUUAUAGAAGAAGAUAUGAAGUUUUUGAGAUGAGCUAGGACAGAAUAAAAAUUAAAAAAAACCACUUUCUGAACACAAAUCUUAAAUAACUGUAAACAAACAGAAAAUAGAUGCAACUUCCAUAUAACUUUUGGGACCAAAGAUGAUUUUAGUGUUGAUAGAUACACUUUUUAAAAAAAACUAAAUUAGAGAUUUGUUAGUCUAGGAAAACAUUAUUUAUGAAUGUCAUGCAAGUUGAAGGGGAUGGAUUCAUUGGCCUUAUGAUAGAAAAUUAAAAUUCAUAUGCUGAUAUCCUACAGAAUGUACACAAUGAUUUGUUUUUUCCAGACUGGAUUUUGUACUGUGGCAUAAUGAAAUAUCAGCAUCUUUCCAACAAAUUAAAAAAAGCUAAUAACCAGAAUGCAGAUACUGGUAUUGGCCUUUAUAUAAAAAAAUGGGGCAGAAAACAUAGGAAACUCAUCUUAAAGUGCUUCCCCCUAUCAGAUUACAGUUCUGCUUUACUACCGGUUAGUCUCACUUUGAACUGCUUGUUAAACAUAAAGGGACCACUUCCUUAGUCCACAAGAGAACUACUUUGCUCCACAAAGGGAUCCACAACAUUGUAAAUAGAGCUCAAAUUAAAACCAGAACAUUAAACCAUUUCUCAACUAUGUGGAAAUGUGGUGCUUGAAAUUGUCUUAGUCAUCAGGGCAUUCUUUCCAAGGCAAAUCCUGUCCUCAGAUAUGCAAUUCCAAUGUAUUUCAGUGUGUAUGUGUAGCUGAGGGAAAAAUUUGCCAUAUUUGUGCACACCCCAUAAGUAGGGCCCUAAGAAAUUCACGGUCUGUUCUGGUAAAUUUCAUGGCCGGAGGGUUUUAAAAUAAGUCAGUUUCACCUUUCAGAUUUUAUGUCUGAAAUUUCACGGUGUUGUAACCAUUGAGGUCCUGACUCAAAACGAGACUUGGGGGUUGGCAAAGCUGUUGUACGGGGGUCAUGGGAUUGUCACCCUCAUUUCCAUGCUGCCGUCAGAGCUGGUUUCCGUGGAGCUUCCUGCAACCAGGGGAGGUACCCAGAGGUGGGGCUGAUCUCUCCCUCCUCCCUCUCCAGAGCUGCUAUGCAGGGGAAGAGCAUGUCCUGUCCCUCCCCAGACCAGCUGGGAUUAGCAGCUAGGAGCCCCUGGAUGGGGCGGUCCCAGAAGCAAGGGGAGAUCAGACCCACCUCCACCUCCAGGAACCUUCUCUGGCUGCCGGAAGCUUGGUGACUGCUGUUUGGGCUCUGAAGGCAGCACAGCUACGGAUCUUUCUGCAGCCAGGGGAGGAGGUGGGUCUAUCUCCUCCUAAGAACAGCCUUGCAGGGGAAGAGGAAGUCCCGUCCCUCCCCAGCCUGGCGGACUAUCAGCAGGAGCCAGCUGAAUGGUAAGAGCCCCCCUGCUGGGGCACCCCCAGGCCUGCACCUUUCCCUCCCCUCCAAUAGCUACAUUUCACUGGAAAGGUCUGAUUUCACGGGACGUAACGUGUUUUUCACGGCUGUGAAUCUGGUAGGGCCCUACCCAUAAGAGAACAUGAAUGAAAUAGACAAAUAAUGGUAGCAGCUACACGUGCAGACUUCUGGUUUUGUUUGUUUGUUUUAAAUAGUUCUGUACACGGCUUUCUGUCAAUCCCAUAUUCAAUUUUGUCAGCCUGGCCACUUGCUCAUCUUGUCACAUUCUCUGUAACUAUAGCAACAUGGAAACCACUCUCAACCAUAGAAAUAAUUUCACAAGAAACCUAGUAGGAACUGGGUUUUUGGAAAUUUCCUUGCCUAGUAGCAAAGGUGGUUCUUCCCCCCGCCCCCCCUCCAUGGAAAUCACCUAAUAAUUGCCUUGUUUAGUAGGGAAGUUUUUGUACAUCCUUCCCCACCAAACUAAAUGGGGUUUGGCUCUGCGUUUGGGAAGAUGAGGGCAGAUUGUCCAGCAGCUUCUCUUUAUUUAGUUAAGUAUUUCCCUUUGGGAUUAGUUUGGGGUUUUUUGCUCCCUCCUUCAGAAAUUUGGAAGCUGUAUGGUGUACCCAAGUCCCCAGCUAGUUGUGUUUUUCCUGUAAAUCAUGUCUUCUGCCUGAAGCACUCGCACAGAGGUGAAAAGCAUGGAAGACGCUUUCCCUUUUCCAGAGAGAGAGAGGUAGCUGUGAGAUCUCAUGCCAGUGCUUCAGAGGGCCCCAAGCUCUCUAGCACUUGAUGGUUCUGAAACAGUGGCCGUGGUCCCACAGUGUCUGUGCUGUCCAUCCAGUCCUUGUAGCCUUUUGAAUACAAGUUAUAGCUUGGUUGGCUGUGGUAGCAAAGUUUAUUACUUUUUCCUUUCUUGGAAGUAGAUUGUCUGUUAGGCAAAGCCGUGAAUAACGACAGAAAGGAACUUUAAAGAGCCUUAGUGUACCAUCAGGAUUGGCAGAUAAAGCUCUGUUUGAAAUUAACUUUCCAUUCACAAGGAAACUACUCUUCCUUUUAGGUUUCGUAUCACAUAGCUUAGUUCCGUAGCCUGUCACUUAGAAUGGUCUGGACCUUUUUUGUUCUCUCUGCUUGUACCUGAUAGUUAAUUUUGGUGGGAAGUGGGGAGAGAUGGACAGCUGGCUAUCUCCAGUCUCUUCUAAAUCAGUGACUGUCUCAACUCUUCUUUCUGUGAACUGCUUCAUAAGAUAGAGAGCCUGGCAUGGUCCUGCCCUGUUACUGCAAGAUCCACUGGGUCUUACAAUACUCUCAUUCAUACUACUAGAUAGAGCUCUGUGAUCUGGACUACAGUUUGAGAGUUGCUGUUCUAGACAAUGGACCCAGGUAGUCCCUUGCAACUGGAUUGUAGAAUUAAUCGCUAAAGUUUUCAGUGAAAUGUCCAGUUUGGCCUCCUUAAACAAGUGAAGAUCUUCCCUUAUGCUACUUACCCCUUCUGUUACAUUGGUUUGAGGCAUACAGGCAGAGCAAGUGGUGCUUAACGUACCCACGUCACAUCAUUUUGGCAAUACCAGCUUUGUUUUUCAACAGGAAAUCUUUUCCUGGUCUGAAAUCUCCCCACCUCUGUGCCUAGUGUCGUCUUUUCUGACUCUCUUUUUAAUAAACAUUCUUUCACCCAUUUCCUUUCUGGGGGUGGUAAUUAAUAUUACAGUGGUUCUGGAGAGCACCCGUCACAAAAAGCCUGAGGCACUCUGCAUUUCAAACACUAUUAAAAAGAGCAUCAACCAUCCUCCUUCAGAUGUGAUGUAAAGACUGAACAGCUUUCCAAGUCUAAAUAGCAUAAACAUGAUAAGCUCUUAAUGCUGAAACCUCUAGAGCCAAAGGUCUUUGAUUGAUAUUUAGGACAAAUAAAUAGUCUGGUAGAAUCUAACCAUGAACCUAAGAAAAAUCUGUUAAUGCUUUUACAUAACUCUUUAUUUUCCAAGUGAUGUGUGAACAUUAAUAAUCCUCAAUGCCCUUGGGAAGGAGAAGGAAGGUGUUUUCUGCUUUUCUGCUUUUCACAGAAGAGGAGACAGAGAGACAGCGAGUCAAUGGUAGAAACAGGUUUGGAAAUCUGGAUUUUUUUGUUCCCAGCCUCUAGGUCACAACCCAUCCCUAAGCCAGUAGUUGGUCAAAGGAGUCACUACAGAAUGCAAGUACUGCUUUCACCAGAAGGGUGAAUGUGCCCCGUGUGAGGCACUGAUCCUGCAAAGUUUUACACACUAAGUAGUCCCACUGAAAUCAAAGCUAUUUAUAUUGUGUAAAGUUGAGCAAGUGUGUAGGUCCCUGCAAGAUCAGGAUACUUAGUCCCUAGCUAUGAGCCCCAUUCAUAAUGUGGUGGACUGCUGGGAUGGCCUUGGAGUCAACUAAGGAUCAGACACAUUAUGCAGAGAUAGAAGGUUGUUUUUAACUAUUUGUUUAAACCUAUUUUAGGCCUAAUGGUCAUAAAAAUAUCAUUUUGAAAGGAAACUGAAAUAUGUACAAAAAUAGCAGAAUGCUGUAAUGUUUGUCAAGUAAGGAUCUGGAAAGACAUUAUAUUUGAAAACUGCUAAUAAAAGUGGUAGAGUUCUUCCUUUCAGUAGGGGAAGUUACCAAGACUCAGAAGCAGGAUUAAGUUAAAUCGCUCUUUACAAACUAUUUCUCCUUAUUCAAGAAUUAGCUGGAUACUUCACUAGAAUUUUUCUUCUUAGCACUGUCUUUACUAUCGCCAUAGUACCCAUCAUCCAUUCACAGGAGCAGAGAGGUUUCAAAUUGGCUGGGAGAGUAGGAGGAUACAGUCUGGCCCUAAAGUUUAUUUUUUGUGUAAAGUUAAAAGAAAAAAAAUCUUUGACCCUCGUGUACCCAUUGAUGUUUCUGAAAUACACUUUUAAAAGAAAAUCUGCUCAGGCUGUGAUUUAUAAUAUUAUUUGAUUUAGAGUAGAUGAUACCGGUCAAUUUUGUUUAGGGACAUGCAGGCAUCAGAAGUGUUCUUAUUUAUGCCUCUAAGUGAAAGUCACCCAUUUCUUUCCAAAAAUGAGAUGAAGUACAUCUUGCGCUGGCAUACACUAUUCACAAUCCCACUGGACUCAUUCAGCUCUGCUGGAUGAAUGACCUAGUGAAAAUGUGUCUCUUGGUAGCGAUGGGCUAAUAAAUUUUUUUUGUAUAACUAGUCACAGGUGUUCCUUUUUAAAUUAUACUUGGCAAAGAAAAUAUUUAAUUUUGUUUUUAUAUACAAUAUACCUAGUUAACCUUGAUUGACAUAUUUAUAACAUAGAGCUUUGAACUUACUAUGAAGGUUUUCAGUCCCAUGGAUUUCGUGAGCUAAGUAAAAGCUAAUUUACAUAUAGUGAAGGAUAUGGAAAUUGUCAUAAAUUCAUAAUGAAGACUUAAAAACAUUUAAAAAGGCAGUGUCCAGAUCUUGUAAACAGGUUUUGGGGGUUUGGUUGGGGCUGGUCCUACAACUAUAUUAAUAACCUCUGGAUGUGAAAUACUGAGGGAACAGGAUGAAAUAUACAUCUGCUUCUUUUGACUUGCAAGGGACCCGAUGAGUAUCCAGAACAUAGUAAAUUUCAGGGUGUCCUUUUUUUUGACAAAUGUCUUAACAGACAUAUUUAGUUGUAAGCUUCACAUUUGAAAGGAAAUAUCUAUAACUAGUUUGACUUAGUACUUUUAGUAAUCUUUUAAUCCUAAAAGUAAAAUAGUCUAAAUAUUUUAGCAAUGCUAUAUUGUUCCUGAAGUCUAUAGGUUUAAAGUGGUUCAGGCUAGCAGCCUGGUAUUUUGAAAAUUUGCUACUUUCAAUUUUCUACUUUUUAUACUUUAGAUCUUGAAUGUUUACUGGUUCCUAGCAAUUGGAUAUUGUGGAGGGAUAGUGCAUCUUAUCACUACCAUUCAUGCAACUUUAAAUCACAUUGCAGACCUAUAGUGAGAAUAGUACUUUUUAUUUGUAUUGUGAUUCAAUUUAAUGCAUUUUAAAGUAAUUCCUAUAUUUAAAAUACAACGCUUAGGACAUCCUAGAAUGAAUGAUAUAGCUACUUGAAAGGUGUUCUGUUGGCCAGGUUUCUCCUCUUCUACAUUAGUGUCCAUUGAAACUGUUUGUAUAUGUUGAAGUUUGUAAGGGUUCAGGAACCCAGAAUAAAAUAGUAAAGUAUGUAUUUAUUACUCACUUUAUUGCUCAGUUCUGAUUUGAAAAGUUGACAUUUUGUUAUGCCUUUUCACAUACUUGUAAACAAAUAUUGGAAAAACUGCUUCACCUAGGGUGCCUUCCAUGUUUGGUAUAAGUACUUUGUCAGUCAUAAAGACAGAAAUGUAAUAUACUAAACCAGUAAACACUAUUUUUGUAACGUGGCUUACUAACACAUUUCCAGCUUUGUGUUUUAUUUUCAGUAACACUAGCCUUAAUGGUAACAGCAGCCAUUUUUUCCCUUUAUACACUAAUAGUAAAGUUCUGCGUUCAAGGUAGAACAGGAAAGUUGUACCUAUUUUGCUCUGCUCUGCUCAAAACUGUAACCUGAAAGGUGAAAAACAACUCAGACUAACAGAGAAAUAUACUUGAAAAUACUCCCUCCCUCCCCCCCCAAGACAUGCCUGAAGAGAUCGCCAUUUGUGAGAUGCAUAUGCAACCCUGAUGCUGAAUCUGAGCCCCAACUGGGGCUGAUCCAAACAUUCCUGCAUCUAGACCACUACUUAAGAUAGAAUAUCAGUUUUUAAAAGAAAUCUCUUGUCUUGGCUGAAAGACUUUAAAUGGCAGGGAAUCUAGUCCUGUGCUACCAUACUUGUGAAUGUGAACAGCAAGAGGUUCAGAAAUGUCAUCUAGAAUAAAAUCUUUUUUUUUUUUCCAAAUCUGUGUGUAGGUUAAAUCAGAGUUAGAAUUCUCUGUCUUUGAACUUGCAGACUGCUGGGCUGGGCAAAGUUGGUCCACUUUUCCUUUUAAUAUUAGCACAACUCGCCUGUGUGAUACCCUUGUGUGUUUCCCCUUUUGGAUAAGGAAACUAAUUUUCUGCCAAGGAAAAUACUUUAAGCAUUUUCGUAUGUGCCACUGCAGAUUCAGGGCCUGAUUCUGCAGCCCUUACUCAGGCAAAACUCCCCGUUGACUUCAAGGACCAUAGGCUCAGGCCCCUAUGUGAUUAUCCCGCCUUCAUGUGUAAAAGCAUGUUCUGACUCAGACAAAUGAAUUUUUAGUUUUAAGAAAAUUGCAUUCAAGCAAAAUGUUAUGUAUAAAGAUCAUUUACAAUCUGAUACAAUCCAACUGUAUUUUUGGUUGGUGUUCUUACAUCUAUUUUAGAUCAGCAAAAAACCACAAGUAAGAUGGUCAACAAACAAUAUUGAAAGUUUCUAGCACAGGUACUUACCCUCUAAUCCAAACUGGUGUCACCUUCUUCACAGUAUCAGUAACUAAUUUAACCUGAUACAGUACGUGUAGUAGCUGUCAGGCUGUUUAUGCAAAGAAAUUCUAUUGAUGCUCUGGACAACUUUAAAGGCAAGAAAAUCAUACGAGAACAAACGCUUCCUAAACUUGUUUUAUAGAGACAACUGAUAUUCCUUUAUAUGUUAUGCACUUCUUUUCUUUUUUAAUUAAUGUUCUAGUAUAAACAAAAGUUGAAGGAUUGUAAUAAAUUUACUAAUGUGAUAUAGAAGGCAAUCUCUAAGUUGCUGUUUAUCUUGUCUAUAUGUUUUUAAAACACAUGCCUUUAUAACACAACUUAAAUGGUGUAUUGUAUCAGUUUUAAAUGUCAUUUUGCUUAUUCUGUGUUUUGUAUAUGGGCACAAUUUUUUUUUUAAAUUUUCCAAUUUAAAAUGUAGUAUUUGUGCUGCCUUUAGAGUUUGCUAUUGUCUCUUUGCUAGCUUUUUUCCUUUGUUCUUUUGAUAUAUCAAGAUAAUGAGCUCUAAAAAUUUUCAUGGUACUCUUCUGAUUACGUCUUCAUAGUGGUAAAAUCUGUAUUUUUGUAUGUAGGGAAAAUAGUUUUCUGAACACUAAUUUCUGAUCAGUAUAGUACGGAAUCAUUUGUGAAGGAUUUCUUGUUUAAUAAAUGGACAUGUUAAAGUGUU